CUUUUAUAACUUUUGUUUAAUUAUUCAAAGCAUUUUUUUUCUUAUAUGUAAGUAUACGUAUAAAUAUAGGGUUUAAUUACAGACAGUUACGGAGUACAGUACGAAAAGAGACUCUAAAUCAAAAAGGACAAUCUUGGUUAGGUAACUUUACUAUAUAGGAUGGAAUAUAUACACACAUUUAUUUUACUUGCCAUGGUAUCCUGCACCAUGUGCGCAUUAACUAGCCAAUCGGAAAGUAUACCCUUGUUUCGCUGUCAAAGAAGAUGUUUAAACAUUUAUUACAAAUGUAGCAACGGUGAAGAAUUAGCUGAGAUCGAUUGUAAACAAUUACGGCAUAGUUGCAGCGAACUAUGCAAUCAACUGUACCAAGAAUAUUACGGUAACGACGCAAAGACAAGCGAAAAGAAAUCAACAAUAGACGAAUUUAAAUUGUCCACUGACGAAAAAAAAUCCAUGUCAGCCGAAAACGAAAUUACAACUAAAGAUUCAAAUGAUGGUGUGGUUGUGAAAAGGGCGUGCCUGAAUGAUUGCGAAGGAGUCCGAGAUUUAUGUUUUACUGUAUCUACUAAUAUCGCAGGUGUAUUUGAUUGCAACAUGUCAAACAGAAUUUGCCGAGAGUCCUGCGGCUGAAAAGCAAAACAAAUCUGAACACGUAGGAAUCCUUGCUACUAAACUCAUAUAAAUUGUAUUAUUUAAAUCAAUUAUUUGUGUGAAUAAUUAACUUAAUGAAGUAAUAAUUUGUAAAGAAAAUUCACCUCUAAA